GGAGCGUAAAAUAUUGUUAGAAAAAAUGAGGAAUAAGGGAAACUUUAGACAUAAUACUGCUGUUUUACAAGGUGGAACAGGCCCGCUGAAAGUAAAGAGAAAACCAAAGGCUAAAGCAGUGGCAGGAAAGUUUGUUCACUGUAUGUACUGUCAAGGGAUGUACCUCCGGAAAGAGCUUUGGAGACAUGCCCGCAGAUGCCCCUGCAAGCCAGAAGAUGGAGAUUUGGAAAAAGAACCUGGGAGGACCAAAGUACUGGGUUUGGCUGUCGCUCAAGAGUCUGCAUCUUGUCACCAGAUCUCAGCUGGAGUUUGGAAGCUCCUUAGUGCCAUGAAACAGGAUGAGGUUGCCUCAGCUGUGAGAAAUGACCUCUCUAUUAUUCAGUUUGCCCAGUCACUCUACAACAGACAUGGACAAGACCCUACAAAGUAUGAAUACAUGCGACAGAAGCUUCGUGAAGUGGGGCGUUUGUUGUUAUGUCUGCGCACAGACUUCUCAGUACAUAACCUGGAGGAGGCUGUUAAACCUGCUAACUUCCAGAGGGUUGUGCAAGCUGUAAAGAAAGUUUCUGGUUUUGAUGAAGAAAAACACUCAUAUGGAACACCAAGCCUUGCAUUGAAAUUGGGGCACACAUUGCACAAAGUUUGUGACAUUAUCCACUGUAGGGCCCUCAUGGCAGAACAUGAAGAACUGAUCAAGUCCACUGACACAUUCAAGAAGUUGUACUCCUCCAAGUGGUCUGAGAUGGUGUCUCACAGUGCCUUGAACACACUGAGUGAUGCAAAGUACAACAAGCCAUCAACUUUACCCUUCACUGAGGAUGUUCGCAUUCUUCACCAGUACCUUGAGAAAUCUGCAGAAAGUGCCUUUUGCAACUUAAAGGAGAAGGCCACGACUCAGAACUAUGCACAACUUGCAAAAGUUACACUUGCACAAAUCAUUGUGUUCAAUCGAAGACGAGCUGGGGAGGUUUCAAAAAUGCGCCUCAAAAGUUUCCAUGAAAGAGACAACACAAAGCUCCAUGAAGAUGUUGCCAUGGGUUUGUCAAAGACUGAACAGAAGCUUUACAACUAUUUCAGCCGAAUCGAAAUCAUGGGGAAAAGGGGCAGAAAGGUUGCAGUUCUGCUAACACCAAGGAUGGUGGAUGCUCUCUCACUACUGACCAGUCAAAGGACUGAGUGUGGUGUUUGUGCCACAAAUAUCUUCCUGUUUGCAAGACCUAAAUCAAUGACCCAUUACAGAGGGCAGGACUGUUUGCGUGUUCAUGCAAGCCAGUGUGGAGCAAAGCACCCUGAGCAUCUCAGGUCGACACAACUAAGGAAACAUGUUGCAACACUCUCUCAGGUCCUUAAUUUGAAAAACAAUGAACUUGAUCAGGUCGCAGAUUUCCUGGGACACGACAUCCGUGUUCACCGCGACUUCUACAGAUUACCAGUUCCCACAACACAGCUGGCCAAGAUUUCUAAACUGCUUUUAUCAAUGGAGAAAGGACAUCUUUCCAGCAUGCAGGGAAAAUCCCUGGAUGAGAUUGAAAUAGAAGGUGAAAUCGCAUUAAGUGACACUGAGGCCAAAGACAGUGACAGUGAAUCUGAUGGCAGUGGCACAGAAUUCACAGAGUGUGACACUAGUGAGGCUGUGGAUGCUGCAACCGACUCUACAGCUACGGAGCAGGUCCAUGAUGCUGCAGAUUUAGAAGCAGUGUCAUCAGUGACGUCCACAGUGAAUGAGACUGCCCCUCUCUCUGAAAGACAAGAUGCUGGUCAAGACCAUGAGUCCAGAAGAGUGCCAAAGAAAGUGUGGUCUAAGCCUGAGGUUGCUGCAGUUAUGCGGCAUUUCAGAGGUCACAUUUGUAAAGGAAAACUGGCCACCAAAAAUGAAUGUAGUCAUUGCAAGCUGGUAGAAGGCCCUGCAUUAGCACAAAGAACAGUGCAAAAUAUAAGGGACUUUGUCAGAAACAGAGGAAUAGCUGCAAAGAGACAGUCACAGAAAGAGAAGCUAUAAAUCCACAGGGUUCACAGUUGUUCAGUAUGUUAUGGUUAUGUUGAUACCCUAAUAUAUUCAAUAAUGCCACCUGUUAAACAUGGGUCGUUAUAAAUAAGAGAAUAUUUUAGCAUAAAGCUUUUUUUUUUGGAGUUGUGGCUCUUGUGUGGCAGGCUGCUAGUUGCCUGUGGGUUUGGUUUUUGUUGACAAAGUGACUAACUAUGUGUGAGGUAUGUUUUUGUUAAGUGCUCUGACACUUUUUUAUUUUCACACAGUGAUGUUUAUUUCACUAUUUGAUAUGUUGAUACGAUAUACAUAUAUAUAUGGGCAGUAUUCUUACUUAAGAGCAGUUUAUUGAUAAUAAAAUGACUGUCCUGUUAA